GGAAUAAACUUGGGAACUUGACUCAGUGUAAAGCAGACGCAGACACAGACAGGCAGGCAGUCAGUUGGGAGACAUUCUCUUAUCUGAAGAGGAUGCAACACUAUGGCUGCCAAGUCAGAUAACAUUACUUUGGAUUUGUAGAGCAGUUUGGAUUAUUUUGUCAACUUUUUUUUAAACAUUUUUGUUUUAGUUUGCAUCACUUCUAUUUGAAGAUGCAUCUUUUGGGGAUUUACACCAUUUGGAUUUUAUUCCACACAGCACUGUGCAACUAUUCCGAGGAUCAGUGUAGCUGGAGAGGGAGUGGUUUGUCCCAGCAGCAAGGCAGCGUGGAGCAGAUCUCCCUCCACUGCUCCGAGGGCACCCUAGACUGGCUGUACCCCAAAGGAGCCCUCCGCCUCACCCUGUCCCCCCGCCUGCCCUCCGUGGCGGUGGGCCCCGGGGGCGGCGGCUCGGGCCUCGUCACGGCCUGCGUCAAGCCCUCUGAGCAUUUCCACGGCGCCCAGCUCUACCUGGAGAGGGACGGCGUCCUGGAGCUCCUGGUAGGGGACCGGCCCGAGUCGUCCCCCCCGCCGAGGGUGCGUUGCUUCAGCCGCCUGCCGGGUGAGAAGGUGGCUCUCUUCAUGCAAGCGACGCCUCACCAAGACAUCAGCCGGCGCAUCGCCUCCUUCCGAUAUGAACUGCGAGGGGACUGGACCGCACGCCUGUCGUUGGACUCCAACCACAUCAGUACUGUCGAAGCGUGCAGACCCUGCAACGACACGGAGAUCCUCAUGGCCGUGUGCACCAGUGACUUUGUGGUGCGCGGCAACAUCAGGUCCGUGGGGGAGGACGAGAACCUCCGCGCCGCGGUCAUCAAGGUCGGCGCCACUCGGGUCUUCCGCCAAAAGUACGCCCUCUUCACCGGCAACGGCCGCGCGGCCGCCCGGGGGGACAUCCGCACCCUGCUGCGGUGCGGCGUCAAACCGGGCCCCGGCAGCUUCCUCUUCACCGGUCGGGUCCACUUCGGCGAGGCCUGGUUGGGCUGCGCCCCGCGCUACAAGGACUUCCUGCAGGCUUACACCGCGGCCAAAGCGGCCCAGCAGAUUCCGUGUGAACUUCCCGUGGACUGAGCCCCAAAGUUUGCCGCCGCUCGUCGACGACACAGAACGGAACGCCGGCUCGCCUGCUUCGAGUUGCGGGAGAAACCACGCAGAGCAACUUCAGGGGCCGAGGAGAGAAAUGGACACCAUUUCAGUGCAAUAGCAGCUCCACUUCGAUCUUGCGGGGCUGGGAUGUCAGCUUCCUGGUUGCCAUGGUGAAGGGAAGCAUUUCAUUUUGGGGUAAAUUCAGUUCCACCGGUGGCAUUUGGUACCUGGGCCUUCGGUGGUGACUAAACACACCUCUUAAAACAGUACCGCCACUAUCGCAUCGUAAUUCGAGAAACCAUCAAAACGUAAUCUGGAGCAGUUCCCAAUCCCAGAGAUGCUGAUGAUUUAACGUAAACAGAUUGCUACAAGCGUUGUUUUUUUUUUUUUUGCUUGUCAAAUUCAUCCAGAAAAGGAAAAAAUGCCGAUGUUAUUGGAAGGCAGCUGGCUGGCCCCAUGAGGCAAAUUUGAAAUCUAGUUGGUUUAAGAAACACUUAUUAAGAAAGAAUUUGAAGAAACACUUAAUUGCUAUUAUACCAUAGUUUAAACUGCAUGCGGCCAGCACUAUUGAUUCUGAAGGCCCUGGGCAGUUUAGAUUGACAUGGAAACACAGGCUGAAAUCUGAUUGGCCCAAAAAAAUAAAGAAAAUCUUACAAACAUACACAUAUUGGAAGCAGUACAGCUAAGAGAAACGUGACAAAAUGAAGAGAAAAUUAAUACAAAUUCAUGGGACAAAUAUUCGGAUUUAGGUUCCCACUGGGAAUCACUGAAACUCAGGAAAUGUACAGAAAUGAACUCAGUGGGGACACAAAAUGUUUCCCGGCGGUCAAACGAGUUUUAGGCGGUUACAUGAGUUACGUAACAUGACUGUUAUUAAGGAGAUUAUUAGUACAAGGAAAUUGCACUGAGUGAAAGAAAGGGAAUGAAUCGCGACGCUGCAAACACUAAAAACCAAAUAAAUAAAAAGCAAGUAUAUGUAGCAGAGAGGUGCAACUUAGAAUUUAAUAUAUGUGCAUACCAAUAUUGUAAGCAUGUGCAGUAACAAUAAGGCAGAGACUCGAGCUGCCCCGUUCUGACAGUUUUUCAAAAUCGCACGUAAAUAAUCCUAACGAAACUGACGACAAAAAUGUUUCUACUGGAGAAAGCAAGCAAGAAUGGAAAAAAGUUGUUGUUUUUUUUUUUGUUUUUUUAAAAAGAGCCUUGCAAUCCACAAAAUGCUGUUUUCUUGUGUGCACUACAUCAACAAGGGGAGGAGAUUGUACCAAAUGAAUUUGAAGUUUCCAUUUCCUACGUGUGAAUAUAUGUGAAUAGAAACAAAAUGUAAAUAUGUGCAUAAGAAAUUCUAAAUAAGAAUGUCAGUAUUGUUGAUACUAUAUGUCUGUGUAGUGUAUGUUCUGUCCGUAUGUUUCAUUCAAAUAUACUAAAAAAAAAAA